AUGGCUGAUGUAGAAAAGCAAAAUGAUGACUCAAUAGAAGAAGAAGAAGACGAAGAUGAAGAUGAAGACGAAGACGAAGACGAAGAAGAACAAUAUCAAACGAAUGAAGACAAUAUAUCAUCAUUGAUCGAACAAAUAUACGAACAACUAAUUCUUAUGCGUCAAGAUAACCUUGAAUUGACAGAACAAUUAACAUCUCUUUACGAUGAUCUAUGCUAUCUUCGUCAAACGCUUACAAAUCCUCAAACAAACUCCAGUAGAGAUAUAACAGGUAUAACAAUUCAUAUCAAUCCUCCAACAUCAACUUAUUUUCAUCCAAAACAACGUUCAGACAGUGAACCAAAUAUUUUAGCUGAUCGUUUACGUCUAGUAAAAAUAUUAGAUGAUUUACAAUAA